AUGGGGGUCGACUAUGCGUACGUCCGGAACGUGUUUCACUACGGCUUACCGAGUGAUACUAUCAAUUUCUCACAGGAGGUGGGUCACAUUGGGCGUGACGGGCGUAGUAGUGUCAGUAUGGUCUUAUUACCCCGUCACGCCCGGGCUAUAGACGACGAGCGCUGGGAGCGGGAGAAGCAUAUCACUCCGCUAUCUACGCGUGUCAUGCAACGCUAUAUGAAUACACGGUGUCUCGGAGCGGUACUUAGUCGCUUUUGCCGGAUCAAUAGUGGAGUGGACGGCUUUGACGGGCUCUUCAAUCCCGGGGCGGAAUCCGACAUAACGCCGUGGUGGGAUUCGGAGCCCGUCGAGCCGAGUCAAGGUCGGCAAGAGGAGGGUGUCAAGGGUGAGGAGGGGGAUAAGGACGUCGCGGACGUUGACGAGGCUUCCAGUCCAUACGAGGGUAGUCGCUAG